UUUCACUUUUGUUUUGACAGGGCGGGUUCUAUAUAUAUAUCCUGUGCAAAAACAACAAACCGUUCCUUCGACUGCAGUGACAGUCAAGGAUGUGUUCACAAGAGCUCUUAUUGUAUUACGCUAUACAUGAAAAAUGGCAUUUGCAGCAGCUGAAGGCAAAAGUGUUGAAUUUUCCUCAAGUGACGUUAGUCUCAUGGAGCCACACAUAAAGAAUAAAAGAGCUUCUGCGUCAUUCCCAGCUAUCAAGCCAAAUCUGAGUGCUGAUGCACCACAGCGGUUCAAAACACCAGCCACCAAAAGUAUUCAGCAAAAAGACAGCUUAUCUCUUGAUGAGUCAAAGAAUAUUAUCAGAGAUCUGGCUGCUGCACUGGACAGAGUGCUACAGUCCAAUAAGUUCUCAAUGACACGAAAGUUUAAAAACAAAGGAUCUAAAGGAGAACAGGAAGAACAGCAAUAUUAUAUUUUGCAAUGGGCUGAAGAUCUUGAGAGCACACAAACAAAACAACUGGACAAGGAAGAGAAACAACAGACCUGUUCUGAGCAGUUGUCAAACAGUGAAAUGAAAUUUAACAAAGCAAAAAAAAUUUUGUCUGACUGGUCUUGGAAAAUGAAAGAAAUGAAAGAGAACUCAGUAUGUCCAAAGGGGGAAUGUGAAGAAACACUGAGGGAUCUCCACAAAGGGUGGAAGCAGGGAGAGUCCAGCAUACUCCCAGUAAUGGACUGGAUAAUAUGGACUUUACUACAGUCAGAAAGCUCAGAGGAUACAGUGCCCAAACAGUGGGUGAAGAGUAAACAGAGAUCCAAAAACACAGUUGGAUUACGCAUUCCUAACCCAGUUUGGAACUGGAUUACAAAAUCAACAGCUGUUGUAAUUCUGGAUCCAAACACAGCCAACCCAGAUCUCCUAGUCUCUGAAGAUGGAAAAUCUUUGAGGGCAAAAGAAUUUGGUCUCAAUCCCUGGGAAGGGUUCCAAUGGAAGCGUUCUAAAUAUGAUGGCUGGACAUGUGUCCAAGCUAAAGAGGGUUAUAACACAGGUAGCCAUUACUGGGAGGUAGAUGUGAGGAAGAAACGUGAGUGGCGGGUAGGAGUCGUGAAGGAGUCAGCUCCUCGGAAUGGCUAUGUCACAAUGAACGCAAAAACAGGGUACUGGAAUCUGCGUCUGCAGCUGGGAACGCUGAUGGCUUUGACUGAACCAGUCACUAAACUCAACCUGCCAACACCCUCUAAGAUAGGGGUUUAUCUGGACAUAGAUGAGGGCCACGUCUCCUUCUAUGAUGCAGUGAAAAGAAAACAUAUCUACACCUUUGACACAGACUUUAAUGAGACUGAAAACAUUUACCCAAUGUUUGGCACCAUUGAGACAGACAGAGCAUUGGUGAUUUCAAAAUGUAUGUAAAAUGUAUUUCCCAAUAUGUAUACAGUUUAAUGUCAAUUCUAGUUAACAUACUCUAGAAUAUUUACUAAUCUUACUUAAGAUUUAAUAGUAAGAUUUCUGGAGGAAUUCCAUUUAACUAACAGUGUUUUGUUGUGUUCUGCAAACAUCUUAAAUACUAUUAUUCUCAACAUGGUUUUAAUCUGCCUUUUUAAGCUAUGGAGACUUAGAAAACGAUUUCCACAUUUUCUUCAAGUAAAGUGAAAGAGGAAUAGUAUGCUGUGCUGAAAAAAGCUUUGUUAGUAUAGUUCACUUACAUAAGAGUACUGCUAACUAAAAAAAGAAUUGUAGAGAGUACUUUAUUUACUUUAAAUAAACUUUUAUUGCUACCA